AAAAUAUUUAAUAACUACGCCUCCGCUCCUCACGGCUUUACUUCCGUCGGCCGCCGCUUCCUGGCCUCUUCCCAGCUUCAGGACCCCAAAGCAUCUUCAGGCAUUCUCUACUGGUCCUGGUCUAAGCCUCAAGUCGGGGUUCAGUGCUUCCCAGAGAAGCCGGUAAAGCCGCUUGUUGCUAUAAUAGUGAAGGCACUUAUCUUGUUGGAGGUGGUUUAUCCCGGAAUAUAUACUUUGGGGAGAUUGCUUAAGAAAUGGCGUGCCCAUUACAGGACUGUUACUUGCUUGGUUUUUACAGAAGAUGAUUCUCUUUUGGUUUCUGGUUCUGAGGAUGUAUCUGUUCGAGUCUGGUCACUACUCGUGAUAUUUGAUGAUUAUCAAACAGAGCAGGCAAGCACACUUUACGAGCAUAGCUUUCAAGAGCAUACUUUGCGUGUCACUAAUAUGGUAACAGAGAUGGCAAGAUACACAUUGCUGCGCUCAAUGCUGAUAGCUCAUCUAGCAAAAGUCACUGGUUGCAUAUCAUCAGUUCAUUACCUAGUCACAGGUCAUGCGAACAAUAUCCAUGUUUUUAAACGAAUGGCGUACUUGAACCCGCAAUGUUGUCACAUGCUCACGCUUACUCAAGAAGGCAUGGAUCAUCAUUACCACCUCCGGUCAAUAAGUAUAUCAAUACAACGGAUGAGAAAAUCGUUACGCAGUAGAUAAUCUCCAGGAGUCUUGCAAUAAUCCUCUGGAUUCUUCAUGCAUCAGCUUUCAAGUGAUUAAUUGUCAAAUCGAAGAACUUCAGCAACAAGGCUCAGCUGCUGCAGCUGAAAUGGAGGUGGAGAAGCUAAAGCUUGAUUGCACGCAAUCAAUGCAAAUGCUUCAAAGGUGGAAGAAAAUGUAUGACAACUUGCAUGAAUUUUGCGAGGACGAGCUCUUGGAUG